AGAUCUUGUCCUAAAACAAAAAACAAAAAAAAAACAACAACAACGAAACAACACUUACCAAACAAUUAACUAAAAAUAAAAUGAGCGAAAAAGAUUUUUCCCCACUUACUAUUCAAGUUGUAAGAGGUCUCAAUGACAAACUUUAUGAAAAGCGAAAGACAGCAGCAUUGGAAAUUGAAAAGAUGGUUAAAGAAUUUCAAAUAAACAAUGAUGUAAAACAAAUUCGAAAGUUAAUCAACAUAUUGACAGACGAGUUUGCUGUUUCACAUAAUCCCCAUAGUCGAAAAGGAGGACUUAUCGGUCUAGCUGCAACUGCAAUAGCUCUUGGAAAGGAUGCUAGUUUUUAUUUACAAUGCCUUGUUUCACCAGUCUUGUCCUGUUUCUCAGACCAAGAUAGCAGAGUGAGAUACUAUGGUUGUGAAGCAUUGUAUAACAUAGCAAAAGUAGCUAGAGGAUCUAUUCUUCCAUUUUUCAAUGAAAUUUUUGAUGGGCUUAGCAAGCUAGCUGCUGAUCCUGAUCCAAAUGUUAAAAAUGGUGCAGAGCUUCUUGAUCGAUUAAUAAAGGAUGUUGUGACAGAGAGUUCAAACUUUGACUUAGUCUCAUUUAUUCCUAUGUUAAGAGAACGAAUAUACACAACAAAUCCUCAUGCAAAGCAAUUUCUUGUUUCUUGGCUUUCAGCAUUGGAUGCUGUCCCUGAGCUUGAUUUGCUUGUGCAUCUUCCUGAGUUUUUAGAUGGGUUAUUUAAUAUAUUUAGAGACAAAAGUGGUGAGAUUCGAAAGAUGUGUGAGUUUAUACUUGGAGAAUUUCUAAAAGAUAUAAAAAAAAACCAUUCAAAUGUUAACUUUGCAGCAAUGGUUAAUAACUUAGUUCAUCAUUCACAAUCAGAAGAUGAAGUAAUACAGUACACUGCUAUUACCUGGCUAAAAGAAUUUGUUGCACUUUCUGGACGCACUAUGCUACCAUUUUGUGCAUUAAUCUUGUCUUCUAUUUUACCUUGUGUAUCUUUUGAUGCAAACAAACAACACAUAAAAGAAGUUGCAAAGCAUGUCAAUCAAGGUUUAAUGCGGUUAAUUACUACUGAAGAUGAUAUUGAUGUUACUGAAACAGAACAAUCGUCAAAGAGAGUUGGACAGCUUGACUUGGGUCGUCUUGUAGAUGUGCUUACACGACAAAUUUCUCAUAAACAAAUAAACACAAGAAUUGCAGUAUUAAGAUGGGUGCUACAGUUGCAUAUGAAAACACCAAAUAGGCUUUUCCGUCAUAUUGAGCAGUUGUUUCCUGCUUUAAUAAAGACACUUUCAGAUCCUUCUGAUGAGGUUGUGUUACUUGAUUUGGAAGUAUUAGCUGACAUCUCAGCAUCAUCUGCAGGUAGUCCAAGAAAACCUACAGGUGUGGCAUAUGAAAUCUCUGAUAAACCUACACCUCAGCAAAACUUUCUAAAUACAUAUUUUACAAAGUUCAUGACAAAUUUGCUAAGGAUAUUUAACUCAGAUAGACAACUUCUUGAAAAUAGAGGGCCUUUUAUAAUCAGGCAUUUGUGUUUACUGUUGAAUGCACAGAACAUUUAUUGUGCACUUUCUGAAAUUUUACAACAAGAAAAAGAAGAUUUACAAUUUGCAUCACUUAUUGUGAAUCAUUUGAAUAUGAUAUUACUAACAUCAAGUGAAUUGUUUCAACUUAGACAAAUGUUAAAAGAUUUGGAUAAUGAGGAUAGCUGUAUUUUAUUUACAUGUCUAUAUCGUUGUUGGUGUCAUAAUCCAGUUGCCACGGUAUCAUUGUGUUUUCUUGCACAAACAUAUGAACAUGCUUGUGAUCUUUUAUUGAAAUUUGGUAGUCUAGAAGUAAAUGCUGACUUUCUUUCGCAAAUUGAUAAACUUAUCCAAAUGAUAGAAUCUCCUAUAUUUACAUUCCUGCGUCUUCAAUUGCUAGAAACAGACAAAAAUUAUUAUUUGCUCAAAGCAUUAUAUGGGCUUCUUAUGUUAUUGCCUCAAAGCUCAGCAUUUACACUUCUACGGAACCGGCUAGAUUGUGUACCAAAUGUUCAUCAGCUUCCUCCUGCUUUUAAAGAUACAAAUUUAUCAAAAGAAAAUAAAGAUGUUGUUAUUAACAAGACUUUUAAAAAUAUAGACUUUGCUGAACUGCAGAAUCACUUCAAUAUGAUACAAAAUUCACAUAUAUCUGGGACUAAAGUUACAAAUAAAUCUAAAACAGAUACAUCAUAAUUUUUAAUGCUUUAAUGAGUUUAUUUUAUAGAAUGUAUUUUUUUAAAAUUUAUAUCAAAUUAUUCUCCCUUAGAAAUAUUUUUAGA